AUGGCGAGCGAAGCUAGGACGCCCGCUUAUGAGAGGGCCCGAGAAAAGGCUAUGACUGCUGCAGCUCAACGACCAGAAUCGAACCGAACGGCCACAUGGACACGACCAUUGAUGCUUGUUCAGCAGAGACAACAUGAGCAUCAGAAUCCUAAUCCACGGGCACGGCCUAGUCAUCGAAGACGGCGUCUGUCGUUACAACUCCCGGGACGAGUUGGACCACCGCCUACACCCAGUCCCGCACAAUCACCCGUGUUUACAUACGGUGCUUUCCCUUCACCGGUGGAGCAGCCUGCAGGCCUUGAAAUUGAGGUGGAAGAAGAUGAACCAGCAGAUACACUGCUGUUGCUCGCAGCACAAGAACGUCGGGUGUUGGAGUUGAAGGAAGAGCUGCAGCGGGAGGAGCAGAAGUUGAAGCGAUUGCAGAACCAGUGGGCCAGGGAGCAGAUCCAACGAGUCAAAGAGGAACAUUUUUCAUCGGACGUCAACCAACGUCCUGCCGCUACUUCACCCUUAAUACCUCAGUUGAACACACUUCAGCCGGAUGUGUUGAGAACCGCACGAAGAAUGGCUCUUACCAUUUUCGAAGAUGUCCGUUCGGCAACAAUCGGCGAAGCUGGUCAGGAGACUCGCUUUGAUGCGCUGUCGGACGACUCGAAUCUUGCUAUCGACUCCCUGUCGCCAUUUGUGUCUCCCGAACGACCUACUCGCCGCUCGCCCGUAGCCGAGGAGACACCGAGAACAUCAACAACAAAUCAGGAGUCUGCUCUCAAACAGUCAGGCGAAAGGCCCAAAUCAGUUUCUGACGCACAAACUGCUUACGAAGAUGGUUCGCGCAAACCAUUAAGUUCUGUAGUUCCGGCGAAUCGCGACAACCUGACCUUGCAAAAGUCUGGGAUGGAAUAUGCAGUUCCUUUAGCAGUCUCGGCAGUCCCAGUGCCCUUCGCAGGGUUAGGUAUUUGGCUGACGAGGAAGGCGAAAGAGUACGAGGAGAAGAUCUUUCUUUCCCAUCCCCUCUCAUCUGAGGAGGGAGGGCAAGGAGCACAGGCGGGCGACGAGGUGAGGCCUAAGACCUCAUGA